AUGCUUUCUACUGCAUUGAUUUAUAAAGAUGUUUUCUCGCGUUUGGCUAAACGUGAAACAUCUUAUACUUGUUUGCCAUAUGAUCAUGAUUGGGAGGUAGCCAAAGAUAUUUGUGGGAGGUUGGAGUUGUUUUAUAGUGUGACUGAGUUUUUCUCUGGUCGUAAGUACCCCACAACUAAUAUGUAUUUUUCUUUGGUGUGUGAGUUGAAAAUUGCAUUGAAUGAAUGGAGUUUGUCUUCAAGUGAGAUGAUAAGUACGAUGGCCGAAAGCAUGCUUGCUAAAUUUAAUUCUUAUUGGGCUAAUGUUAGUGUUGUUAUGGCUGUUUCUGUUAUCUUAGAUCCAAGAUAUAAGAUGAAGUUAUUGGAGUUUUAUUAUCCUAGCAUUUAUGGUGUUAAUUCUGAUUUGGAGAUUGAAAAAAUUAAGAAUCUUUGUUAUGAUUUGCUUGAUGAGUAUGGAGAUGUAGAUGAGUCUCCUGUAGAUAAUGAAGGAAGUUCUCAUAUGCCUGCAAGUACUUCAAAUCAAGUGGCACAAAUAAAAUUUAGGUUGAUUGGGUCAAUGUCAAGGUUUGAUGGGUUUGUGAACAAUAGUUCAAGUAGUUCAAAGAAACAUGGGAGUGGUAGAAUGGAAUUUGAUCAUUUCAUUGAUGAGGGAGUGUUGAAGAGGAGUGAAGACUUCGAUAUUUUGGCAUGGUGGAAAAAUAAUGGUCUCAAGUAUCCUACUUUACAAAGGAUUGCAAGAGAUAUUUUAGCUAUUCCCGUCACAACUGUUGCUUCAGAAGCUGCCUUUAGCACUAGUGGGAGACUUUUAAGUCCACACCGCAGUAGGCUACAUCCCAAGACUAUAGAGGCAAUGAUGUGUGCUCAGAAUUGGUUAUGGAGUGAAAUCAACGGUUCUUCAAUUAUACCUGGAGAUAGUACAUUUCAAUCCAUUCUUAAUGAUGGGGAGCCAAAUGAAGAUGAUGGGAGUUGUGCCACAAUUGAUGGGAGUUGCAUAACAGUUGAUGAAGAUUAAAUAUUUUGUAUUAAUUUAGUA